AUGGGGGUCUCCAUCGGCCCUUCAGGUCUGGUGACACAACGUAUGGUGCUGGGUACCGGCCCACCAGACCACCUACUCCCCCCAGAGCACUGCCUUGAGAAGCCUGGCUCAGAGUGGCCUCUGCCUGGCUUCAUUUCCAUCUUCCUGCCUGAGUUUCCACAUCGUAAAUUCCCUGGACAAGACCAUUUUCAGAUCCUGGGGUUCAUAGCCAAAGGAUCCUUUGGCCCUAUCCUGAAGGUGAAGGACAAGGCUGAGGAGAAGACCUACGCCGUCAAGGUCCUGCCUAAGUCUGAGAUCUUGAGGCAUGGGGUACUGGAACAGUCAAAAGAGGAGGUCAUAAUCCAGCGGCAGGUCAGCCACCCAUUCCUCCACAGUCUGCAGGACUGCUGGCAGACCCAACGCCACCUCUUCAUUAUGUGUGACUACUGCAGCACUGGAGACCUGUACACCUACUGGCAGCUGAAGGGACAGUUCGGUGAGGACGAGGCCCGGGUGUUUGCUGCGGAGCUGGCCUGUGCUUUAGGUUGUCUAUAUGACUUUGGGAUCGUCCAUAGGGAUGUAAAGAUGGAGAAUGUCCUUCUGACGGACCAAGGGCAUCUUCGUUUGGCUGAUUUUGGACUCUCGCGUCGUCUUCAGCGCGGUGGAAGAGCGUUCACUAUCUGUGGAACAAUCCAGUACAUGGCUCCUGAGGUCCUGAGCGGAGGUCCAUACAACCAUGCAGCCGAUUGGUGGUCACUUGGAAUUAUGUUGUUCUCAUUGGUUACUGGAAAGUUCCCAGUGCUGCCAGAACCAGACCACUGUAAAAUGCUGAAGAAAGUGAGAGGAUUCCCCUACUCCAUGCCCAGUACCUUCAGCCCCUCACUGGCCUUGCUGCUCACUGAGCUCCUGUGCAAGAACCCAGCCUGCCGCCUGCAUAGCCUCGAACGUUUGAAGAGGCAGACGUUCUUCCGAGGCACUUCCUUCGACUCCCAGACGCUUCAGAAGAGGCCUGUUGAACUCAUCCUCGAACUCAAAAACCACCCUGACCGGCCAGCUAAGGCCAUGCGUGGCCUGUCCGUGGCCUACCUCCAGAACUUUGACUGUGACAUUCUCAACUCGCCCACCACCCCCACUGAGUUGUCCCCUACCCUGGUCAACAUUGAUGUGGUUCAAACCACAGCACAGGCUUGUAACACAUAAAAUAAUUUCGCUUCUGUGCCUGGAAAUGAAACACUAACUGAGUGUAAAUACAUUAUUAGGAAAUUUGACUACAUUUUGUUCCCCGAAAUAUGUUUUGUUGUUACUGUUACUGUCAGUGUUUUCUGUAUGUAGGGUUCCUUUGUGGUGAGCUCCUCCUCUAAUCUAUCCAUGUGCAAAAAG